AUGAGCGAAGUCUCCCUCGUCGUCUUCCUCGUCACCUCCCUCACUGCCGCCGUCCCCGCCACCCUCACUCUAUUUUCCUCCCUCGUCACCUCCGUCCUCCUCCCCGCCGCCCUCGCCCUCGCCCUCUUCCUAGCCGACCUCGUCUCCGCCGUCCUCGCCUCCCUCGAAUCCGUCCUCUCCCUCCUCUUCACCUCCGACGUCCUGCUCUUUCCCUGGCACCUCCUCAAGGCCUUGCUGCGGCCCUUCGUCUCUCUGCUGAGGCUCCUCCUCGCACCCCUCACCUACCCGGCCGCCGGCAUCGCCUUGUGCCUGGGCGCCGUCUCCGCCGUCUUUUGGAAUUCAAGGUUCGUUUCGCGCCCCGACCCUGUUCGCCUCCCUCCCCCUGCGCUAUAUACCUUUUUCAUCACCGGCGCCCUCGUCGGCCUCCUCGCCGGCGUCGUUCUCUGGCGCAUCUCUCGUUCCAUCUCCCGCCUCCUCGGCUGGCUCGAUGACGACGAACGUCUCCUCGACGCCGCCGACGACGAUGCCGCACCGCUCGCCGGGAAGCGCGAACCCCUUGACCUCCCCUUACUCUCGCCCGCGCUAGAGCCUGUGGCGGUGGCCGAGGCGGGAGACCGCGCUCUCCACGUUGCCACGCGGGACGUCGAUCAUCGCCCCCAUUGCGGGAGGACCGCCGCCGCCGCCGCCGCCGUACCGGCCACCGUUCGCGCUGUUUCGGAAGGAAUCGGUGCUGUUGAGACCCGCAGUCGCUCCGUUGGCGCCCUCGGGUCCCUUGCCCACCGUACCUCCCUUGGGAGCGGGGGCAGGGCGGCUCGUCGGUCUUGA